UUUAUCAGCUGUUUUGUUUUUUGUGUCAAAUUUUAAAAAGCAAUUGAUACCACGUGCCGCAGCUGGAAGCGAUUAAGCGGAAUUUAAUCAAUUUUUCAAGAAUAUUUUGUACAACAUUGCGGAAAAUGGGUAAAAAAGUUUAUAAUGCGAGGGCGCGUCAAAAUCCUAAAACCGUAGUGGACAAUUCGGCGACGAAAAAUAUAAAAAUCGAAUGGGCUGAAGGCGCUGCAGAAGCAGGCACCGGCUAUGAUGACGCCAAUGCGCUGGUUUUACCCUCACAGAAGCGUGCCACCAAGGUGCAGGUGGAGAAACAACAACAUGUAAAAAUCCUCUCGAAGAAGCAACGUAAGCAUCUGCAGCAAAUUGUGGUUAAGAAGAAGAAGAAGGAAGGUCGCGCUGAGCUUCUGCAAGCCUUGGCUAGCGUACAAAUACCCGAGCAUGAGCUGAAGCAGUACACUUCCAUCAGCCAAGUGCAGACAGUGGGAGUUAAAAAGUUGCAAACGCUGGAAGAGGUACUGGCGAAGAAGCAACAGCGACAAACAGAGCAAGCAAGCAGCAAUGUAGUGGGGAAAAUUAGCGCAAUUAAAGGCGCGUCAAAGCGCAAGUUGUUAAUUGAGGAUGAAGAAGCGUUGGCGGCAAAGAGGCGCGACCCUAAUGUGAUUAGCCUCGAGGCAGACGACGACAGUGACAGUGGGAGUGAGAGUGAUGACGAAAGUGAAGUGGAUGAUGAAGAAAACAAUAUAAAUGACAAAGAUGCAGAAGAAAUGCAUGAAAAAAUUGUUGUUGAUGUUGCGAAAGAGGCAAUUCCCACGAAACUCGAAGAAGCGCCCUCAACGUCCACGAAGGUGACGAAGAAAGAAGAUAGUACGAAAACUGGCGCCACAAAAAAACCCGAGAAGCCCAUUGUGCCGCCACGCCCCACCAUUUUUGUGCCCGUUCAUCGCGAUGCAGAAGUGCAGGCUGCUCGUCUUAAACUGCCCAUCUUAGGCGAGGAACAGGAAAUAAUGGAAACAAUCAACGAGAACCAAAUCAUAAUUGUCGCGGGCGAAACGGGCUCUGGUAAAACGACGCAAAUCCCACAAUUUCUUUACGAGGCGGGAUACGCGCUGAACAAUAAAAUGAUUGGCAUUACUGAACCGCGCCGUGUGGCUGCAAUCGCUAUGUCCAAGCGUGUGGCGCAUGAAAUGAAUCUAUCUCAGCAAGAGGUUUCAUAUCUAAUACGUUUCGAAGGCAAUGUCACGCCACAGACACGGAUCAAAUUCAUGACGGACGGAGUGUUGCUGAAGGAGGUCGAGAGUGAUUUUCUGCUGCACCGCUACUCGGUAAUCAUUUUGGACGAGGCACAUGAGCGAAGCUCCUACACCGAUAUACUGGUAGGGCUGCUGUCACGUAUUGUACCUUUGCGCCUGAAGCGUGGCGAUCCGCUCAAGCUGAUUAUCAUGUCCGCAACGCUUCGAGUGGAGGACUUCAUUGGCAAUACAAAGCUAUUUAAAUAUCCACCGCCACUAUUGAAAGUGGAAGCAAGACAAUAUCCGGUGACUGUGCAUUUUCAGCGGCACACCCCCAAUGAUUAUAUGCAGGAAGCAUACCGAAAAACAGUUAAGAUACAUUCAAAGCUGCCAGAGGGAGGAAUUUUGGUUUUUCUUACGGGUCAGCAAGAGGUAAACACACUGGUUCGAAAGCUGCGACGUACGUUUCCGUGCAUAAAGAAAGAUGACGCCAAGAAGGCUGGAGAAAAAGCCAAAAAAGUAGUUGAUAAGGCGAAUGUCUCUGAGAAUGAAGGUAUAGAAACUGUAGAGAUGUCAAAACAGUUUGCGGAAAAGUCAGAUCAGAUAGAAGAUGACGCGGAAGAGCUACAGGCCGAGCCUGCCGAUGACGACUUGGGCAUCGAAUUCGACAUGAAACGCGCUAUCCGUAGCGUGAAGAAGUCUAAGAAGAAGUUCAUGUCCCAAAUCGCGCUGCCAAAAAUCAAUCUCGACGACUACAAACUACCCGGUGAUGAUACAGAGGCCGAUUUGCACGAAGCGCACAAUAGCGAUUCGGAGGCUGCCAUAUGA